UAAAGGAAGGAAUAUACGCACCUUCGUCCAUUAGCUGCUCCAUGAUUAGAGGCUUUGCAUGAAGUCAAAAUGUGUGGCUACAGAGUACACUCUUUAGCUAGGGGGGCCGGGCUUAAGUAAAACUGAAAGAUGUUCUGCAUCCUCCACAGUGGGUUUGCGCCAGUAUCUCGAGGCGGCUACGACAGCAGCAACACCGGCGAAGACGAGGAGGACGAGGGCGCUGCUCGCACAGCUGGGGUGCAAUGGCGCCUUGGCGUCUGCGCGUCAGCUGCGUCCUCCUCGCGGCUUUCCUCGUCUUGACGCCUCUCGCUCGCGCCGAGGAGGCCCAGCAACAAACCGCGCAAGCUGGUCCGCCGGGAACAGGUGAUCAGCGGGCCGAGAAGCAAACAGAGCAGGUUAAAGAGACCGCGACGAAGAAUUCAAGCCAGCUCGAAGCUCCCCCCGUGCCACUGACAAAACAGGGUGAUAGUGUUCAGGCGGCAAAAACAACGCCUCCGGUGAAGUUCAAGGACUCCACAGUCCAGGAUGCUAAGAACAAGGCGGAACGCAUCGAGCCCUCCGAAGCUCCGAAAGAGGCAGAAGGGAAUCCACGAGGUACAAGCGAUAGCCACGACACAGACGGUGGUUCGGCGGAUGACCAGCGUCGCGGGCAGCAGCCGAUGGCGGCGUCGAUGGAAGACGACGCCAGAGAAGGCGGCGCCUCGGGCAGUGGAGUCGGAGAGGAAGAGCAGCUGCUGCUGGAGGACUCCGCGGACCCGUCCGCCUUGGAGGACCUCCAGCACCUCAGGGACGUUCUCGACGGCAGGGAUUCGAGACGCGAGGAGGGCGAAGGAAGCCUGUCGGCGUUGGUGAAGAACGCCCUGAGCUCCAUGUACUCCAUAAUCACCUACGAUUUCUGCCAGGCGUCGGCGGCCAUCCCAGCGGAACCCUCGAAUCCGCAACGAGCGGUCCACGCACAGACCUCACCACCAGCACCGGGCAAAGGAGGAGAGGACAAAGGAGCCGGCGACACGAAGGCGUUGUCGUGCACUCAGAAGGGAGGUCGCCUGGCCGACUGGCGCGCCUGGAGGGAGGUGGGCCACAGGAAACCCAAGGCCGUACUCGCCAGACUUGCCUGUCUCCUGCGGUCGGCGGGCUACCGCCUCUACCCGCUGCGCCGCCCAGCGCAGUUCUGGCCGCAGGGCGACGUGUGCACGGCGCUGUGCCACUCGUGCGAGUGCGACUACGACGCCAACUCGACCUGCUCCCUGGCUCGGGAGGCCUGGAAGGCGCGCACCCCCGCCGUGCUGUACGCUCUUUACUCGGUCCUGCACCACUCGCGCGCCCUGUGCGCUACGGCCCUGCUGCUGAGCGUGCUCCGCAAGCACUACGUGUACCGGAUCGUGCUCUGCACUCCGCUCAUCAUCCUCCUCGCCAUGGUGACGAGGUGUCUUUACGUUUUGAUGCAACUGAGACGCUACCUUGAGAACAGUGCCACACCGGCGAUAAACACGAGGGAUUGUUCAAACCGGCAUAGUGAGGACGAGGAGAUCAGCAUGUCACCCCUGGAGAGGCACCGCCGACGCGACCUUCUUUUCAACGAAGAGCAUCCUGACAAACACGCCGAGGCUCUCAUCAGCAAGCUAAACCACGCGAUGUCGUCGCUCCGGAGUUUCUGCACCUUCCUAGAAACAACUAGGGGAUACUACAAGACCAGGACUACGCCCUGCGUGAAAUGCUCGACGUUGUGUUUCGCCUGCAGGAGCCGAAAGCAUAGUCUGGUUCUUUUUCAGCCUCACCCGAACGGGAAGCUACGAGAUCUGGCAUUGACACGGCCCCCCCACGUAUCCAAGGCAAGUGGACUGUCGCCGUCGGCGAGAUCGACCAAUUGAGUUUUCACAAAGCGCGAGCUUUCUCGGCAGGCGAAUAACAACCACGGAGGGCGGGCAGGGCUGGUCCAGCGCUCUUGCAGGCGCGUUGACCGAAUUCGCUUAGACGCUCGCCAGGUCGAACAGGCCUAGCCGUAUGCGUGAGCCCGACGACCGGUUUUCAGCCCGUCGAGCCAACUCGACCCGCCUUCUGUCGGGUUCACUACAGCAUUCGUAAAGAUGGAUGUAGCGCAAAUAAAAUGUGCUCGAGUGAUAGACGGGAAAGAAAUAGCGACAAACGUUACUCCUGGGUACUUGUCGUGGCAGACCCCUCUCU